UCCAGUCUAGGCUGGUUUCCAGUUCCUCUGCAGGCCGAUGGGGUGUCAGACUCGCUCCCUGCCGCGGCCACAGAGUCAUAGCUGCACGCGGCCGGGGACAGGAUGGCCGUCCUGCUGGAUCUAACCCGCUGCUGCCGCUGCGACCCCCCCACCUCUCCGCUGCAGGCCGCGGACUCGCACGUCUUCCUGCUGUACGGCGCGGAGAGCCGCCGGCGUCAGACCGGCCUCACGGACCCGUCUCCGGGCUCCAGCAGGAGCCUUCACGUCCUGGACUCCGGCUCCACGGCGGAGCGUCUGUACCGACUGAAGCGGACCCUGGAUGAUCUGGACCUGAGUGCGGUCAGGGUGCUGACCACGGCGCGGGGCAGGGAGGUGCUGGCCCGGUACCAGGAGAUGCUCUUUACCGCCGUUUAUACCUUCGAUUACAACGUGACGCAGCCGGACCGGCUGACCUGUUCGGACUGCCGUGGCUCCGCCCACACGGACUCACCUGAGGGCGAGGCGGAGGACCAGGUGUCUGCCUUUCUGCAGCAGCUGCCCGCUUUGAAGGGAGACGUCAGAACCCUGAGGUCCACUUUGAUCCCAGAAUGCUUCGGUCACGGCUUCAGCACCCGUUCAGGCGGCGUCUCCUACAUCCCCACUCUGUCCUCCUUGAACCUGUUCAGCAGCAGCAGGAGGAGGGACCCCCCCGCCGUGGUGGAAGAAAACAGGCGCCGGCUGGCCGUUCACGCCGGCUUCCAUCCCCUUCCCCUGCGUCUGGUCAAGGUGAACCACGCCAGCGACGUUUGGGUUUUGGGGAAACCUGAGCCGGAGAGCUACGACUCCAUGGUGACCGAUCAGACGGGCAUCGUUCUGGGGGAGGGCGCCGACUGCUUGCCCAUCUUGUUUGCCGAUCCUGUGAAGAAGGUCAUCGCCGCACAUGCAGGUUGGAGAGGGACCUUGAUGGGCGUGGCCACGGCAACGGUGGACGCCAUGGUGACGAAUUUUGGCUGUCGGUACGGCGACAUCGUGGUGGCGGUGGGGCCGUCGGUGGGGGUGUGCUGCUUCACGCUGGACAGAGAGCAGGCAGCAGACUUCAUCUCCAUCCAUCCAGACUGCGUUCCUGAUCCGGAGUCGGCCAGGCCACACGUGGACAUCCUCCUCGCCAACAGAGUUCUCCUCCAGCGCCGCGGCGUCCUUCCAGAACACAUCCACGACAACACGGAGACCACCCGGCCCCCCGUGACGCCCUGCACCUCCUGCAACCCCGACGACUUCUUCUCCCACGUCAGAGACGGCGUCAACUUCGGCACCCAAGUGGGUUUCCUGUGGAUCAAGGAGAGUGGAGAAGCGGCCAGCGCUCCGGGCGGCCAGACGGGUCAACGGGGCGGACCUUAAGACGAGGAGAUAAACCAAAACUCGACCGCCGAGAACUUCAUUCAGUCAAACCCGACGGGUCGGGUUCCAGAUGCCGGCAAAGCAAAUCUGAGUGAUUCUUUGGGAAACUGUGAGGAAGAACUAUAAUCCAGUAGAUUACAUACUGCAGAACACCUUCAAAGGACAAAACAGCUGGAAUAAACUACCAGAGCUGUGACUGUGACUCCAGCUGUGGACAGAUGAGUGAAACGUGGCUGAAUGUUCCCAUUGUUACUUAUGAAAGCAAAACAACACAGAGCUUAUAGAUAUAAAUUGCCCGAGUCAAGACAAAACACUGCAGCAGGUACUAGAACAGAGAGAUUCUUUUCCAAUCUUUUCUGCUCAGUGGUCAUUUUAUUACAGCUUAUAAAACAUUCAGUUUUUAACGGACCACAGAAUCUGGAAUAAACUUCUAGAAAACUGCAACGAUGCAGAAAAAUUGGCUUCCUGUGAUUCACUGUAACUGGAGCGUUGAUAAAUAUAUUUGUGUGAUGAUUUUGAAAAUGC